AUGGCGGAGUUCGUGGUUCCGCGGCACAGCGCGGUGAUGGAGCGGCUCCGCCGGCGCAUCGAGCUCUGCCGGCGACACCACAGCGCCUGCGAGUCCCGCUACCAGGCCGUGUCCCCGGAGCGCCUGGAGCUGGAGCGCCAGCAAACCUUCGCCCUGCACCAGCGCUGCCUUCAGGCCAAGGCUAAGCGGGCCGGCAAGCACCGGCAGCCGCCCCCAGCGCCGCCGCCGCCCGCACCCCCUCCGCCGGCCGCAGCCGUCGCGGGAAGCGCCGACAGGACCGGAGCCAAUGGCCUGGACGCCGAGGCGGCGAGCGGCGAGCAGCACGGCCGCAGCAGCACGUUGAUCGCGCUCCAUGAGACUGUGAAAAGAAAGCUUGAUAGUGCUGCUUCCCCUCAGAAUGGAGACCAGCAGAACGGCUAUGGUGAUGUAUUUUCUGUGUCCAAGAAACUGCGGCGUGAUGAUGGUCUUGGGGGAGUGAGUGCUUCUUCCAAUGGAAUGCCCCCUGUGUCUCCACUCCAUCACCUUGACAAGAAAUCUGGCAAUGGAGAUACCUUACAGCUGAAUGGGAAGCAUCCGAUGGGGCUGGAUGGCAUCAGCAAGAAGUGUCUUCCAGAUUCCAGCCUACAGAUGAAUGGAGGUGGGGAUGCUGAUGACUCAUUUCCUUUGAGUUUGAACAAAGAGCUGAAGCAGGAGCCUGUAGAUGAUCUUCCAUGUAUGAUUGCUGGAGCAGGGGGGUCUAUAUCUCAGAAUAACUUGAUGCCUGAUCUUAAUCUGAAUGAGCAGGAGUGGAAGGAACUUAUUGAGGAGCUUAAUAGGUCAGUGCCUGAUGAAGACAUGAAGGAUCUCUUUAAUGAAGACUUUGAAGAUAAAAAAGAUGCAGAUUCUUCAAAUUCAGCUGCACAGACUCCAUUGCCACAAGAUAUUAACAUAAAGACUGAGUUUUCCCCAGCACCCUUUGAACAGGAGCAGUUGGGCUCUCCUCAGGUGAGAUCCACUUCGUCAGGUUCAGCUUUUCUUGGUGCUGCUUCUGUACCUGUAAGUGCUGCUUCUCCUGCAGUUGGUAGUUCUCAGGCUAUGUUUCAGCCUUCCAGUCAGUCAAUGACUGAAAAUCCUAAUCAGCCCAUGAUGCAGGCAUCAAACCACUCUCAGAACGUCCAGAGACCUCUUCCUGGUGUGUUGUUACCUGGGAAGGGCGCAGGAAGUGCCAAAGAAAUGUCUUCUGCUCAUCAACUUCAGCAGAUUGCUGCCAAGCAGAAGAGAGACCAGAUGUUGCAGAAUCAGCAGCAAGCUUCACAAGUCCACCAGACAAAUCAGUUGUCUACAUGGCAACAGUCUGGGCCUUCUCAUAGUCCACUGGCUGUCUCAUGUACCAUGGAAAAUCCCACCAGCCCAUCGGUUUACCAGCCAGACUUCAGCAACCAGAAGCUCAUGAUGCCUAAUAUGGGAAAUAAAAGCUCACUAAGAGCUGGAGGCAAUUACCAUGUGAACAUUUUGGGUCAUCAGCAAAACAACUUGAACCAGAACCCUGUGAAUAGUCAAGGGUCUAUGCUGGACUAUGGGAACACCAAACCUCUUUCCCAUUACAAAGCAGAAUGUGAGCAGGGGGUUGCAGUACCUGGUCAGAACAAGUCUCCCAUGCUGGCUUACAUACAGCAGCGCCAGCAGGCGCCACUGUCUCACGUGAAUGACGACCAAAAUGGAAUGAUCCUGUUGAAACCCAAGCCUGGAAACAUUGCCUACCGACUGCCACACAGUCAGGAUCAAAACCCUUCUCCUAAUGUUCCUCGUGUUCCCGUUUCUGUCCCGGGCCCUGGUGUGGGUGCCCAGGCUCCCAACGUCUCCAUGGCAGGUAACCACAGCAGCUCACCUUAUCUCAGCAAUCAGCAGCAAGCAGCAGUGAUGAAGCAACACCAAAUGCUGAUGGACCAGCAGAAACAGAGGGAGCAACAACAAAAGCACUUGCUCAUGGAGCAACAGAAGCAGCAAUUCCUAAUGGAGCAGAGACAGCAACACCUUCUGGCUGAGCAGGAGAAGCAACGGCAACAGCAGGAGCAGCAGCUGCAGCGGCAUCUGACUCGACCACCUCCCCAGUAUCAGGAUCAACCACAGAAUCCAUACCAGCAGCAGGUCGGGCAGUUCACAGGCUCAUCUUCAGCCAUGCCUGGGGUCAGUAACUUAGGACAGUCCAACUCCAGUAGCCCUCGGAUGUUUCCUCAGACGCAGAACAUGAUUCAGAUGGGGCCCGGGCACAGUUCUGUUCCUCCACUCCAGUCGGGCUCCAGCCAGCAGGAUCGGGCGGUGACUCAAUACACCAACAUGCAGAACAUCCAGCGAGGGGGACUGUACAACCUGCCCUCUGGUAUCACACAGAUGGUUCCCCAGCACGCAACUCCAAGUGCCAACGGACAGCCACCAAUGCAGAGACAGGGCAGCUUGGGACAGGGUGCUGCUGUUCCUGCUGGCUAUGGGCAGAACACCUUAGCAAACUCAAGUAUUUCUCAGCAGCACAAUAAAGGUGCACUGAAUCCAACCUUAUCUAAGCCACAGAUGGCAAGAGUACCAGCUCCCAUGGGGGCUCAAAAUCCAUCUUGGCAACACCAAGGUAUCCCUAAUAUUAACAACCAGACACAAGCAAACAGUGGCUUAGGACCAUUUACUGCCAGCUCCUCUUUUCACAUGCAGCAAACUCAUCUAAAGAUGGCCAACCAACAGUUUGCCCCAGGAAUGCCUCAGGUAAGCCUCAGCACCAGCAGACCCAUGACCUCUAUGAACGCUGCUGUCUCUGGGCAGAUGUUGUCGUCGUCUUUAGGCACUCAGCAGCGGACAAACCCACCCACACAACAGCAGGUACCCUCACAGCAAGUCUUGCCUGGCAUCAACCAGACUGUUCCAGAUCUGAAUGCUUUCAACCAGAAUCCAAAUCAGCAAAUGCCCAACAGAGGUAAUCUGCACUGUAGUCAAGGGUACCCUGUGAGGACAACCAGUCAAGAGCUGCCUUUUGCCUACAGUGGCCAAUCAGGCAAUAAUGGACUUCAGAACCUAACUGGUGACACAGACCUGAUAGACUCUUUGCUGAAAAACAGGACUUCAGAGGAGUGGAUGAACGAUUUGGACGAGUUGUUAGGGACUCAUUAACGGGGCUGGGGGUUGGGGGGGCCUACUUUUUUUUAAUUAUUUUGUGAAAUAUAAGCAACACUUGGACCAAAAAACCUGUGGCAUUGAGGAGACUUGCAGGCAUUAGAGGUGAAUGGUUGGGUAAAGGGACUGGAGCUGCUUCUCAAUGAGUGUUGAUGCAUGGCAGUGGCGCACCAAGCAGGUCUGCAGGAGGAGUGCGCCUUAUCUUGGUGGCUCUAAGGGGUCACACACUUGAACAGGUCAAAAAAUCAUGUGUGUGCCCUAGCCAGCCUUUCAGAGAUCUCACUUGCAGUGUUCUAAAAUGAAAAUUUGUGGUUUUUAAAUUAUUUAAAAAUUAAAUUCCACAGAGAUAGUGCAGAAAGAAAGCAAAUAGUUGCACAAAUUGUGGUUAGGGCUUAGUCUCCUGCAGCUAUUACUUGCAAUCAUUAUUUGUUCAUAGCCUGACGUGCUGUUAGAGUACAGUCCAUCAACCUUCUGACUUUGUAUUUGAGCAGAGGCUGUAUGCACCUGAGUAAGCUUGCAAAAGGUUUGGGAUUGUUUUCUUUUCCCCAUUGCUGAAGCACAUGCCUGUACUCUCAGUAAGCAAGCGAUAUUUCACAGUAAAUAUUUCUAGAUGCUGGUAAUAGAUGAAAGAAAGUAUUAAAACCUGGCCAGUUAGUCUAGGUAGUCGUCUUAAUAGAUUGUAGUCUUUUAAGCUGCAGUUUGCACUCUGUUGUAGAGAGGCACAGUUCUUGGCUUAUACCUUGCUGUGUUUAAAGGGGGAAUUUCUUAUGGGAGAA